AUGGGAGACUUUCUUUUAAAACCACCUGUUCCCGAAGAUACAGGUUCCGCGCGGUGUGUAAUUUCAAGUGAUAUUAUGAGAAAGAGGAACUUGUCAAUUGGGCAAUGGGUUCGAAUUGAUUCUUUGUCAGAGUCAUUAUAUUGUCGUGCAUGGCCAGCUUUGAUACCAACUGGAAUAAUCCAAGCAGAUAAUUUUAUAAGUAAAAGGGUAAAAGCAUCAGAUAGAUCGAAUUUGGAUAAGCUAUCAUGCUCUUUAGAUCCCUUAAGAGUUAAUCUACAGGAAGCUAAAGAAGUUAUACUUUCCAUCAAACUUUAUGAUUUCGAGGAUGGAGAUCAAGACAAAAGACAAUUAUAUGAAUUAGGAUUUGUAUGGAAGAAAGGAUCGAAUUCUAUUAGAGAUCAGACGAUCAAAAACAUAUUAAAUGGAAUGGUAAUAUGUAAUGGAUGUGUUGUUUCUGACAAAAAGCGUGGUUUGAAAAUAAUGAUUCUCGGGACAUAUCCAAAUAACGAAUUAUUAUUUACAAAAAAAAGUCAAAUCUCAAUAGUAGAAUGUAUACAAAGUAAAGAUGUUGAUAUUGAAAUCGAUCAAAUAUCGUCAUCUUUGCAAACUAUUUCAUUAGAAGGGUUUACCAAUAAUAUUCCCGGACUUGAAAAGGCUUAUGACGCACUCUUUGAAGUAGUUGUUUACCCGUUAUUAUAUCCGGAUAUAAUUCACAAGCUAAAUAUUGAAUGUCCCAAAGGCGUGUUACUUCAUGGGCCACCCGGUAUAGGAAAAACAUAUCUCGUUAGCAUAAUUGCGAAGGCAUGUAAUGCAAAAAUGAUUUCUAUAAACGGACCUGAUAUAUUUGGGACUUAUGUUGGAGAGAGUGAAGCAAAACUAAGGCAUAAGUUCUCUCAAGCCAAAAGGAUGACAAUUGAGGAAGAUAAUCCAAUAAUCCUUUUCAUUGAUGAAUUGGAUGCUCUAACACCGCAUCGAAUAGAAUCGCAAUCUCAUGAAUCUCGAGUGGUUGCUCAACUUCUAACAUUAAUGGAUGGUAUGGAAUCACGUGGCAGAUUGGUUGUUAUUGCAACCACCAAUCGACCUAAUGCUAUUGAUCCAGCUUUAAGAAGACCUGGACGUUUCGAUCGAGAAGUAUCAAUUGAUAUUCCAGAUGAAAAAGUACGUCAAAGAAUAUUACAAUUUAAAACGUCAAAAAUGCCGCUUGGAAAUGAUGUUAAUAUUGCUUUGUUAUCUUCUAUGACUAAUGGAUAUGUUGGUGCCGACUUGGCUUCGUUAUGUCGUGAAGCUGCAAUAAAUGCAGUUCAUCGUCAAAUAAAUUGUACUUCCGAUAAUAAUUUUGCAAAGCAUGAAGGAUAA